AUGGGCAAGGUCCACAGGCACGCGAAGAUCAAGGAGGGCCAGCCGGUGCACGUGCCGCGUCAGCGUCAUCAGCGUCAUCAGCGGUCAAGCAGCGUCGAACCCAGCAAGUUCGAGCCCGAUCCGAAGUUCAUGCUCAACGACGACAACCGGAAAGCCACCUGCAUCGAGAACAUGAUCCGCCAGCUGUUGCAGAUCCUCAGUUACGAAAUCGGCGAAGCCGCGUACGACUUGGAGCGCUAUGCAGCUGUCGACUGGAAAAACUUCCUUUGGGAUAGCAAGAAGCCCAGAGGACCGGAAUGGAAACCGCGAUUGCACAGCACCGCGUUCGACUUCCACGACGAGACGAAUGACAAUAUCGCGGUUGGAGUCGCGACUCUCUCGGAGGCCAUCGCAGACCUCAAGAGCGAUAACAAGCUUCUCUUGGAGGCUAUGGCCGACCUCAAGAAGGACAACAAGCUUCUCGGCACCGACCUCGCUAGCCUUCGCAUCGAGUCCCGGACGGCCAAUGAAAUGCACACGAAGCAAACCGAGGGCUUGAAGGCGCCGGUCAGCAGACCAGCGAACCCAUGUGCUGGCUGGCCCUUGCCCUCAAGAUGUAUGGAAGUUAAGGAGGCCAAACCAGUGACGCCCAGACCAGUGAACCCUUCUUCGCUCUGGCCCUUGCCCUCAGGCCGUAUGGACGUUGACGAGGCCAAACUAGCGGCGCCCAAGAUGAUCCCAGUCUGGGCCACCAUCUCCGCAACGAGCGGCGCGGAAUCGAGGAAGAGAAGCUCGGAUGAGGAUCAGGUGCGCGGCGCGGAAUCGAUCAAGAAUCCCCGGGAUCGGGUGCGCGAGGCGAAAUCAAUCAAGAAUCUCUGGGAUCAGGUGCACGGGGCGGAAUCAACCAAGGGACCCUGGGAUGAGGUGCGCGGGGCGGAACCGGUCAUGAAAACCUGGGAGGAGGUGAUAUCACGCGCCUUCCGUCACCACAACAACCAUGUGUUAUCACUCGGUAAACGAGUGAGAUGA